CAGCAGCGUCGUGAGGAGACCAUCCUGGCAGAGAUUCGUGGCCUGGCUACACACCUUGGAGAAAGAUAAGCCGGAGGACAGCAUGCAGCGUCGAGGACCGCAGCUACACCGGAGAGUGCCGUAGAGUCGGAGAGUCCACGGAUGGGCCUCCCCACACCAACCCCCCAUCGUCGUCGAAGCACCAGAGAGGAGCCAGCAGACUCGUUUGAUGAGCCGUGGGCGGUUCCUGCUCCAGCGCAAGACCAGCAUGCUGCAGUUCAAGAUCGACCUGCUGCAGCUCCAGCUCAACAAGCGCAGCCAGAGAGGGUUGUGCGCAAGGAGCCCAAGAUGCCGGUGUACCAACAGGGUGAAGACAUAGAAGAUUACCUGCUUCGUUUCGAGCGCAUGGCCAGAACGUGGGCGUGGCCAGAGAGAGACUGGGCGUGCCGCCUAGUGCCACUGCUGACGGGGAAGGCGCUUGCUGCCUACACAGCGAUGGAUGAGGAGAAGUCCAACACCUACAAGCAUCUACGAGAGGCGAUCCUGGAGAAGUUCGACGUGACGGCUGAGACCUACCGACAGCGCUUCAGGACGCCGACGACACCACCAGGAGAGACCCCGACGGAGACGUACAACCGCCUGAAGAACCUGUAUCGGCGCUGGAUAAAGCCAGAGCAGCAUUCCAAGGAGGACAUCGCGGAGACGAUCAUCAUGGAGCAGCUGAUCAACGUUCUGCCGUACGACGUCCGUACCUGGGUGAAAGAGCACGAGCCAAAGGAUGCAAAGACCACUGCAAAACUUGCCAUGCAAUCCCAAACGAAGGGCGGACUUGAGCCCCUACCAGACUUGUGUAGUAGUUUGUACCAGGGUGGGUCUAAAGGCCCCAGGAAGACGCGCCAACAGCGGCGCAUAGCGAAGCAUUUGGGUACCCCGGUGGCUAAACCAGAAACUACUGCUCUUAAAGCUGAUGGGUUGUGGGAGGUGCCAGAGAACAUGGGAGCAUUGCAAACUGGGGAUGUGUCAUUGAAACCUUUGUUUGACAGAGUGAAUGGGAAGGGAGGUGAUCAAUGUGCCAGAAAACAGGUGCUGUGCGGAGAGCGGAUAGAGUACCUCUGCACCCAUUACCUGUGA